AUGGAGAUAUCAGAAAAGGCAGAAGGAGAAGAGGAGGAAGAGGAAGGAGCUACCGAAGAGGUCAGUGCUGCUUCUAUGUUCCAUGAAACUGUUAAAGAAAAAGCAGAUCUUGGACAAGUAGGACUUGACCCGCCACUUCGACAAGGACAAACACGAUACCCAUUCCUGGUCUUACAGUUGGUUAAAGAUAUGAAAGUUGAUAUGGAAUUGAAUAUGGACAAAGAGACCAUCAAGAAAAAUUACAAUAAAAAAUUAGAAGAGAAAUACGAAGAUAAGCCUUUGUUUGAGGUUGUCAGUUACUGUACCUGGCUCAUGUCGAAGGUACAUUACGACAUUGACUUUCCGUUUGUCCUGUGUGUGUGA